GUUUUGGUGGGCUAAGCUGAUUUUACUUUUCUCUGUCACCCUACUAAAAUCCUGGCAAAACAGGGAACAAAGAAGGGAAGAGACAAGAAAUACAAAGAAACACGCGCUGACAGGUUUAUUCCAGGAAAGCUAAAAUGUUGAUGUUCAGAACUUCUCUUUUCCUUUUGCUCUUCUACUGUGGUACCCAGACAUUAGGCAUCAAUAUCCAAACCAUUCCAGAUGUCAAUGGUGACGGUAUUAUUGAAGUUGAGCUUCAGAAGACUGUAACACUGGUCUGUGGGCUUAAUGGCGACACUCCAUCUGAUGAAGAGCUAGUGUGGCUGAGGAAUGGAGCUGUGGUCGAUCUGAAAGAUGGAAACAAGAAGGGUCGUAGCAGUGUGUGCAUCAAUCCUGUCAUCUAUGAAGAUAAUGGUGCCACUUUUGCUUGUCACCUGCAUGCCAACACUUCAGACAAGGCCUCUGUCUCCCUGAAUGUCACUUAUCACCCACAGCUCUCUGGGUCAGAGGAGGUUACAGUAGAAAUAGACUCACCGCUGGUCCUGCAGUGUGACAUGCGGGCCAAUCCACCAGUCUCAUCUAUGACCUGGUCACUGAAUGGAAGCAUAGUGGUUCUGUUAGAGGGUGGCUUUGCUGUGACAAAUGAUGGCUUUAAAAGUCAAUUACAAGUCAACAAAGUGGAUAAACUCUUGCAUGAAGCUACAUAUCAAUGCACAUCAGACUCUCCUAAGUAUGGACAACACAGCAAGACUUUCUACGUCACAGUGACAGAAAAGACCAUUAAGUUCCCUCUGAUGCCCAUGAUAGCAGGGCUGGUGGUGGUAGGCCUCACUGCAAUUCUUGCUGUUGCUUCACGGUGGAAAAAAAUCACAAAGUGCUGCAAGUAAGUUGUGCAACAAUAACCAGCCCGCUCAGACAAAUCAUGAAGACAUCACCACUCUUUUGUGUUCAAGAGACUAUGAUUACUAAUUUAUGUAACUUAUUUAAUUUCGUUAGCAUAUUUGCCUUUUGUAAAAAGGAAUGUUUUGAACAUGCCAAUGAACUAAUGUCUGUAAAAUAAAGAAACUACAGCCUGGUGUCAUUAGCAUUGCUUUUCACAAAGAGUCGG